AGUCUGCGAAAAGAGUGCAGACGAGCUCGGGGAAAGAGGCAAAACAACGGAGAAAAAGCAGAAGUAGAAAAAGGGGUUUCGAGAACCACGAGGUGGCACCCAUGGUGCAACACACCGACACCAGCGAGACGGACGGCGGCAUGUCGCGGGAGGCGACGGACUCGGAGGAGAGUGAAUUCACGGCGUGCAGCCCCGUCGCCAUCAACCCGGACUGGUGCAAGACGGCCACCGGCCACAUCAAGCGGCCCAUGAACGCCUUCAUGGUGUGGUCCAAGAUCGAGCGGAGAAAGAUCAUGGAGCAGUCGCCGGACAUGCACAACGCCGAGAUCUCCAAGCGGCUCGGCAAGCGCUGGAAGAUGCUGAAGGACGGCGAGAAGAUCCCGUUCAUCCGCGAGGCGGAGCGGCUCCGGCUCAAACACAUGGCCGACUACCCCGACUACAAGUACCGGCCCAAGAAGAAGCCCAAGCUGGACGGCGCCAAGUCCGCCUCAGCGGCGCCGUCGCCGGAGAAGUGCGGCAAAAAGACCCCCGGCAAGAAGUGCUCCAAGAUUAAAAAGAAGCCCUACGCGGACGAGUACCCGGCUUUUAAAGUCGCCAAGGUGGUGAAAAGCGAGCCGAGCGACGACGACGAAGACGACGACGACGACUACGAGGAGGACUAUAACCGCCAUCACCACCACCACCACCACCACCACCACCGCAAGGAGGAGCGUCUGCGGCCGUGCAGCGUCGCCAAGGUGCCGGCCAGCCCCACGCUCAGCUCCUCGGCCGAGUCGGAGAGCAUGUACGAGGAGGUGAGAACCGGGAACAGACUCUUCUACAACAUCAAGAACAUCUCCAAGCAGGGCGCGUUGCACGCCGCUUCUUCACCAGCAUCCUCCAGGUCCGUCUCCACAUCCUCCUGCUCAUCCUCCUCCUCCUCAGGCGAGGACGCGGACGAUUUGCUCUUUGACUUCAGUUUGAAUUUCGCCCCCAGCGCCUCCGGCUCGGAGAAUUCAGGGAACCUGUCGCUGUCCCUUGUGGAUAAAGACCUGGACUCGUUCAGCGAGGGCAGCCUGGGCUCUCACUUUGAGUUCCCCGACUAUUGCACGCCUGAACUCAGUGAGAUGAUCGCAGGAGACUGGCUGGAGGCGAACUUUUCCGACCUGGUCUUUACAUACUGAUUUGAAGAAGAGUAGAAGAUGAAGAAAAAAAAGAAAAGAAAAAAAAAAAAAACAUGUCCUGAUCAAGUUUGCCUCCUUUGUGUGAAAAAAAGGAGGUUUGAGAUGCUUAUGAAGCCGGUGGUAGCAAAAAAUGUACAAAAAAAACACUUUUCUUUUUUAAAUAUUUGGCAGCAUGACAGGGUUUUAUGGAUUUUCCCCUGCAUGGGGGAGGAGAAAAAAACACUUCUAUGCAUCUUAUCCUCUUUUAGACAAACUGCAGGGAGAUGGAAGUCAAUCUGUGAACUGUUCAGGAUGCUAAGUAUUUUUUUUUUUUUUUUUUUUUUUUGUAAACCGAUUCCGUUUACCUCCUCCGUCCCCCGUCUUCAGCAGCAAUGUGCGGAGAGAGGAAGAAAAAACAACAAAAAGAACACAUUUUGAUACAUAACAGACCUCAUCUUUUUAAAAGAAAAGAUAUUUUCAGGCAUAUUUUUGUACAGUCCAAAGGGAAUGUUCUUACUGGGCUUUCAGUGAGUUUCAGGCACUUCUUCCCUUUAUUAUGAUUUUUUUUAUUUUUUUUAACGCAUGCAAGGAAGUCCUGGUUUGAAGGAUUAAGUUAAAUUAAAAUCUUGCAUCAAAAAUUGCCUUGUGAUUUUCAACUGGGUUCUUUUUGUACAGUUGUAGAGCAGAUUUGUCGAGUAUUUGUAGACACAUUAAGGCGUCAUGGGGGAACACAUACCUCAGAGCUGGAACUAGUUUCAAGAUUGUAUAUGUACUGUAAUAUAGUAAAAGUUAGGAGUUUAUGUAUAUCAUACUCGUGAUAUGUGGAUGGGUCCCGAUCGCAGGUGUGAAACUGGAUUUUUUAACGGCACAUACUGUCUUUUUUUUUUUUUGCCCCCCCCCUUUUUUCUCUCUCUUUCUCUCUCUUUUUUUGUGCAAUAUAAUACUCUUCCUUAAAGAUACAGACCAUCAACAAUUGUAGCAAGUGAUGGAGAAUUUGAGCAGACUUGUGCACUGUCAACAUUGUUAUGAUGCUGAAAGCCUGUCCGGGCUGCAGAGAAAUAAUAAAACAAAUCAGCUGGAACUGAUGCAAAAGUUUA